AUGGCGGCAAUGGAAACGAGUAAUCUUGUGCGGGCUAAUGGGUCGGUCAAGGUGCAGCGCAAAAAGGGCCCAACGGCCAAACUGAGCGCAGAGCAAGAGGCGACGAAGAAGCGGCAGCGCGAGGCUAGUCAGCAAUAUGGGCGAGGUCAAGGUUUAAAGACCACGGGCAUCAAGGACAAAAAGCUGCGCGGAAAUCUGCGUGCUCUGGAGGAGCGGUAUCAAGAUGCGGCGCUCCAGGCAAAAGAUGCGGAAAUCCUGCUGGAAAACGAGUUUGGAUUCCUCGAACCCGAAGGCGAAUUGGAGCGGACGUACAAAGUUCGCCAAACAGACAUCAAGAGCGAUGUGGACGUAGAGACGGCCAAGAAAGGCUUCGAGUUGAAGCUGACGGAACUGGGCCCAUAUGCAUUUGACUACACGCGGAAUGGAAAGGAUCUGCUUCUGGCCGGGCGCAAAGGCCAUGUUGCUACGAUGGACUGGCGGACGGGCAAGCUAGGAUGCGAACUGCAACUUGGAGAGACAGUACGCGAUGCCAAAUGGCUACACAACAACCAGUACUUUGCUGUGGCGCAGAAAAGGAAUGUCUACAUUUAUGAUCACCACGGGGUGGAAAUCCACAAUCUCGACAAGCUCGACGACGUCACACACAUGGAGUUCUUGCCAUAUCACUUUUUACUCGCAACCAUUGGGAAUGCUGGCUGGCUGAAGUGGCAAGAUACUAGUACCGGAAAGAUGGUCAUGCAAUUGAGCACCAAGCAGGGAACGCCCACUGCGUUCGGCCAGAACCCUUACAAUGCCGUGGUCCAUGUGGGACACCAAAACGGAACCGUCUCACUGUGGUCUCCAAACACAACUACGCCAUUGGUGAAGAUGCUGUGCCAUCGCGGUCCGGUUCGAUCCCUUGCUGUUGAUCGUGAAGGAAGGUAUAUGGUGAGUACAGGACAAGACAUGAAGAUGGCUGUCUGGGACAUUCGAAACUUCAAGCCCGUACACGAGUACUUCCUCCGACAGCCCGGUGCAAGUGUCUCGAUCAGUGAUCGGAAUCUCACCGCGGUCGGCUGGGGUACGCAAACCACAGUCUGGAAAGAUCUCUUCUCCAAGCAUCGCUCCGAUAUCGACCAGGUGAAGGUACAGUCCCCGUAUAUGGGCUGGGGAGCACAGGGUCAGACGGUCGAGCGUGUUCGCUGGUGUCCUUAUGAAGAUAUUCUUGGAAUCGGCCACAACCAGGGAUUCUCCUCAAUCAUCGUACCCGGAGCAGGAGAGCCCAACUUCGACGCUCUGGAGCAGAACCCAUACGAGAAUACCAAACAGCGACAGGAAGCCGAGGUCAAAGCUCUGCUAAACAAGCUGCAGCCCGAGAUGAUAAGUCUGGAUCCUAAUUUCGUGGGUAAUCUGGAUACUGCUUCACAUGAGCAGCGGCAGCUGGAGAAGGAUUUGGACCGCAAGACUGGAGCGGAGGCUGAACGUGAAAAGAUUGAAGAACUGAAAAACCGUGGCCGAGGCAAGAACAGCAGCUUGAGGAAGUACAUCCGGAAAAAGGGGAACAAGAAUGUGAUUGACGAGCACAAGACUCGUGUCAUGGAACUAAGAGAGAAGCAGCGCCAAAAGGCCAAAGAAGCCAAGGCUGGAAAAGAGGCGGAGUUAGGCCCUGCUCUUGCGAGGUUUGCCAGGAAGGCUGGGUGA